GUCAUGUUAACUGCUUUGUCAAAUCAAACCCAGUGUAUACCUAUUUCUUGCUUAUUUUUUAUUCUCUGUCAAUGUUUAAUAGAAUUGUACUAACGACAACGUUCUUAGUUUCAGUAAUUCAAUGUUCCGACUAAUUAAUCCACUUUAAAACAUUUACUCAUUUCUUUACUUAAUUUUUUACUAUUUUUCGUGAUUUUAUCGUCACUGUGUUACAACCAAUAUGGAUGUAGAAGAAUGCCAUAAAGAAUGGGAGGAUUUAAUUGCGGACUACAAACGUCUGGAGGCUACAAAUAAGGAAUAUAUAACAAAACUUGAAGAAGUGGGAGAACUGCAAUCAAAAUGUAUGAAGGAACUGGACCAUCAGCGAUAUCGCAUGUCCCUUAUCAGUAAUGCAUUAAAAAGAUUAGAAAAGAAAGGCAUCACAAAAGAUGAACGUCUGGAGAAUUUGGAGAAGGAGAUAAUGAAGAGGAAAGCAAUGCUGCACGAGAUAAAAGCAACAUUGCCUAAACAGAAUAGUCUCUAUUUACGCAUCAUACUUGGGAAUGUUAAUGUCUCCAUUUUAAAUAAAAAUGACAAAUUUAAAUAUAAGGAUGAAUAUGAGAAAUUCAAGUUGAUUCUCAGUGCAAUAGCUUUUGUUCUAGCUGUCACAAAUUUAUACAUAGACUUCAGGCCGUUACAAUUGAUACUCAUAUUCUUAUUGGUAUGGUACUACUGCACGCUAACAAUCCGGGAGAGCAUACUCAAAGUCAAUGGCUCGAGAAUCAAGGGCUGGUGGCGGCUCCACCACUUUAUUUCGACCGUCGUUGCUGGUAUCCUGUUAAUUUGGCCACAAAAUGAACCUUGGGAGGAGUUUAAACAUACAUUCUUGUGGUUUAUUGCAUAUAUCAGUGUAGUCCAAUAUAUGCAAUUCAGGUACCAAAGCGGAGUUUUGUACAGAUUAAAAGCCCUAGGAGCGAGGCAUAAUAUGGACAUUACAAUCGAGGGCUUCCACUCAUGGAUGUGGCGCGGCCUCUCUUACUUACUGCCUUUUCUAUUCGGUGGAUACGUGUUUCAACUUUAUAUCGCGUACACGCUGUAUAACAUCAGCUAUCAUCCUGAAGCUACUUGGCAGGUAGCAGCUUUAAGUAUGUCAUUCCUGCUUCUGGGAGUUGGAAAUACGGCGACGAUGUUGAUGGUCAUACCGCAGAAGUUCAGCGAGCAGGUGUCUUACUUGGCUGCUUUGUUUCUUAUGUUGUACUCUUGCAACAUGUAUACAAUACUACGGACACUGCGCAAGAAAACGCGGGGUGGACUUAAGCUGCGGUACAAAUUGCGCGCGAUUGCUUACCGCCUGUCCAAUGAGCUCGCAGUAUUGGAGCAAAAAUGGAGACAGAAUAAAAUGGAAACGAAAUCAGACUAGGAAACAUUAUUCUGGCGUAGCUAGCCUAUAUGUGAUUCUAUAUUAAUAUAGGUGAUUAUUGAAUAAAUCAAUAACAUUAUUCUUAUUAAUAUUUAAAAAAUUAAUGAACAUACAAUUUAUAUUUUCAUAUUCCAUGGUAUUUAAAAGUAUUUAAUGGUGUUGUUUUA